UAUUCUGCACCACGCAAGAGAACUUUCUGGUCACCUUCUCCCUGUCCACCUUGUGGCAGGACUUUCCAGGUUACUGCUUUCUGACCUGCCUCUUCUUAAAACUUCAUUGCCUCCCCUAACAAGCUCCCUGCCCCCACCCAGGCAAAGACCAUUGAACUGCAAAUACCUGCUGCAGGAACAGAAAACAAAAAGCUUUGCCCAGUCCCCACAAUAGAUCUAUUCAGAACAUAGGUAUUCAGCACAGGCAGGAAAUGCUGGCUUGCAGGCUACUUUGGGCGACUGUGCUUUUCCAGGAGAAUCUGAGGCCAUCAUGAAUGCCCAAAUAUCAUUCCUGGACGGGACUUACUCUCUCAUCCACAUCCCACUCAACCUCUACCCCCUCCUCCUCCAGCCGAUACUGCAGAUCCUCCUCCCUGCUAGCCAGGGCCUUCCCGAGCCCGAACUAGAGAGCAGCGUCACGGUCGACGACAGCCAGCACGGCUUCCUGAACAUCAGCGUCACCCCCGUCGAGUGCUCCGUGGUCUGCCACAGCUCCUGGGCCAAGUCGGUGUUCGAGCCCGCCAUCUCGCGGCUCCCGGGCGCCGCCGCCGGCACCGUGACGAUAUCCGAGGACUCGUACACCGUCUUCUCCGUCACCAGCGCCGGCAUGGACGCCGGUUCGCGCGUCGUCGACCUGACCCUGCCCCUCGCCCUCGCCGGCAUCCCCAUCUUCUUCAUCACCACCUACUACUGCGACUUCAUCCUCGUACCCGCCAAGGACAGGGACGUCGUCGACCAGGCCCUGGUCGACCGUGGCUUCGAGCUCUCGGAGGACCACUCCUCGCUCAGGUCGCCGGCCGGCGGCCUCAUCCACCGCACCAGGAGCAUCACCCCGAGCCGGACCCCCGGCGGCGGCGGCGGGCAUGCGCCACCGUCCCCGCCGCCGUCCGAGGCCGGCGAGCUGCAGGACGGGACCUUUGAGCUGCUCAAGCGGCGCAACGUGGUCCCGCGCGUCGAGCCCGGCCUGCGCCUGGUCCAGUGCUCGGGGAGGGAGAAGUCCGCGGCCGCGGCCGCAGCCGAGUACGAAAACCUCCUCCUCCACCACCACCAGCAGCAGCGGCAGCAACAGACGCGGCCGUCGAUCAGGCGGAGCCAGACGGCGGGCGAUACCCCGGGGGGCGGGCGGCCGCGGAGCUGGGUGGACCGGGUGGACACGCGCCUGUACGCGGGGCUGGUGUCGGCGCUGGCGUCGCGGCCGCGGUUCCUGUCGGUGACGCUCGCGCAGGGGGACCCGCCGUCGCUGCUGCUGGACCGGUCGCUGCUGGGGGCCUUCUUCGGCGACUCGCUCGUCGGCGACACGGACGGCGAGCUGGUGCCCGUGUUCCUGGACCUCGUCAACCUGUCGUUCGAGGCCACGGGGAUAGUGUCCGGCGUGGCGGGGAAGCUGGUCGAGGAGAUGCAGGGCCGCGACGGCGGCGUCCAGCUGUCGUACCUAUCCACCGCGCGCGCUGGCGCUGUCAUACUGUCCUCGGAGCGGUCGGCCCGGGCGCUGGAGAUACUUGGGCCGUUGUUGUCGAAGGAGUGAGUGGGUUCCUUGUGCAUUUGCGGGGAGCUAAAGGGGGACGAUAGUCUUGUUGUGCUUGGGAAGGAAGAAUGAGUUAUCCGAGGUUGUGAAUUCCCAACAGUGACGAACGGUCUGGAAAAGUGGUUUCAGGAGUCUUGAUUUGCAGAGGUCUGCCAAAAGUUCUGGGCAUCAUCUGGACAAAAAUCAGAGUCGUUGGUCGAAUU